ACUUCAGCAUGCCUGUUCCUAGUAGUGAAGUGCGGCAGAACGGGACCAUGAGUAAAGCUAAAGGAAAAAGUGUGAAAAGAGGAAAUUCUGAAGAGGACGAAGAGCAGCUGUCUUUUAUCAACUCAGACGGUGAUGACGAUGCUUCUAAAGAAAAGGAGGAAGACCUCACUGACAGCGAAGAGAGUGUGUUCUCAGGUCUAGAGGAUUCGGGGAGUGACAGCAAUGAUGAGGAUGAUGAAGAUGAUGGCGAUGAUGAGGAAGGAGAGUCUGACGAAGAUGCCCCUAGUGCAGAUGAAAAUGGAGAGGAUAGCACUCCGGCUGAAGAAUCAGAGAAGCAGUCUCCUGCUAUUGGAACAAAAGACAUGGCACAGGCUAAGACUGAGCCGCAGAAGGAGGGGACGAAGAAGAGGAGGAGCAGCAGGAAGUUGGAACAGGAGAGCGACUCCACACGUCAGCCCACUGUGGCCCCGCUGGGGGAUGAGUACGAGCAGGACACCUCAGAUGAGGAGGACAUCCGUAACACAGUUGGCAACAUCCCCAUGGAGUGGUACAAGGACUACCCCCACAUUGGCUAUGACCUAGACGGAAAGAAGAUCUUCAAGCCAAUCAGAAACAAGGACGAGCUGGACGAGUUUUUGGACAAGAUGGAGAACCCUGAUUACUGGCGCACUGUCCAUGACAAGAUGACCGGCACCGACAUCCGGCUAUCCGAUGAGCAGGUCGACCUUGUCCACCGCCUACAGAGGGGGCAGUUUGGAGACGUCAACUUCAACGAGUACGAGCCCUCAUUGGACUUCUUCUCUGGGGAGGUCAUGAUCCACCCCGUGACCAACCGGCCACAGGACAAGCGCAGUUUCAUCCCUUCGCUCAUUGAGAAGGAGAAGGUGUCCAAGCUGGUCCAUGCCAUAAAGAUGGGGUGGAUCAAGCCCCGUAAGCCGAAGGACACUGCCCCACAGUACUAUGAUCUGUGGGCGAAAGAGGACCCCAACGCCAUCCUGGGGAGGCACAAAAUGCAUGUGCCCGCACCCAAGAUGAGGCUUCCAGGCCACGAGGAGUCCUACAACCCUCCCCCGGAGUACCUGCCCACCGAGGAGGAGAAACUGGCUUGGGAACAGCAGGACCCUGAGGAUAGAAAGCUGAAUUUCCUCCCGCAGAAGUACCCCUGCCUCCGCGCCGUGCCCGCCUUCUCCCGCUUCAUUCACGACAGGUUCGAGCGCUGCCUGGACCUCUACCUCUGCCCUCGGCAGCGCAAGAUGAGAGUGAACGUGGACCCAGAGGAUCUGAUCCCAAAGUUGCCCAAGCCGAAAGACCUGCAGCCGUUCCCCACCACGCAGGCCUUGGUGUACCGUGGCCACUCCAGCCUGGUACGUUGCAUCAGCGUGUCCCCCAGUGGCCAGUGGUUGGCCUCGGGCUCGGACGACUGCACCGUGCGCUUCUGGGAGGUCAGCACGGCCCGCUGCAUGAAGACUGUGGAGGUGGGCGGAGCCGUGAAGAGCAUCGCGUGGAACCCAAAUCCAGCCAUCUCCCUCGUGGCAGUUUGCUUCGAUCAGAGCAUGCUGGUGUUGAACCCAGGCCUUGGGGACAAGCUUGUCUGCAGUACCACCGAUCAGCUGAUCUCCUCCUACGUGGAGCCUGAGGAGGAGAGGCCACAGCCGGUGCAGUGGGUCACCCCCGAGGGCAAGGACCAUGAGAAGGGGAUCCGCCUUAUCAUCAACCAUCCUAAGGCUGUCAGGCAGGUGACCUGGCACGGAAAAGGUGACUACCUGGCCAGUGUCAUGCCGGACAACAGCAACACGCAGGUGCUGAUCCACCAAGUGAGCAAGCGGCGCACGCAGAACCCCUUCCGCAAGAACAAAGGCCUGGUGCAGUGCGUAUCCUUCCACCCUAUCCGGCCCUAUUUCUUCGUGGCCACGCAGCGCUACGUCCGUGUCUACAACCUCAUCAAGCAGGAGCUCACCAAGAAGCUCAUGGCCAACUGCAAGUGGAUCUCCAGCAUGGCCAUCCACCCAGCAGGCGACAACGUGAUCUGCGGCAGCUACGACAGCCGGCUGGCCUGGUUCGAUCUGGACCUCUCCACGAAGCCAUACAAAGUUCUCCGGCACCACAAGAAGGCCCUGAGAGGGGUGGCGUUCCACCGGCACUACCCGCUCUUCGCCUCUGCGUCCGACGAUGGCAGCGUGAUCGUCUGCCAUGGCAUGGUCUACAAUGACCUGCUUCAGAACCCCCUCAUCGUCCCUGUGAAAGUACUGAAGGGCCACGCGAUCACCCACGACCUGGGCGUCCUGGAUGUGGCCUUCCACCCAACCCAGCCCUGGGUCUUCUCCUCCGGCGCCGACGGGACUGUUCGCCUCUUCUCCUAGGCCUCACCUAGGUGGUCUGGCACUAGGUGGUGCCACACGCACCAGUUCUGACUUCACCUCUCCACGCCCCGGAGUGGUACUCUGGAAGUCUGACUUCAGUUCUGCCACAAGGCUGGACACGCACCCAAAACUGUGACCAAUUCCAUUUGAGAAGGGGCAGGAGAAUAUCUGAGUGGUGUCCCUCAACACUGAAAAAAAUAUGAAAAGCAUGAUAGAUUAGUCAGUUUUGUAUCCAUAGAUGCUCAAAAAGGUUUUAUUCACAUGUCCCAAGUUAUGUGUCUCAUGUGAUGGUAGAAUAGAGGUGGGAAAAAUUAAGUGCCUUGUGUAUCUCAUCUAGUCGCCAUUUUAAAAGCGCAGAACCAAGUGUUUUCUGAGUGGAGAGAGAGCCACAGCCCAACUAUGACAUUUCUGCGGAAAAAAAGAUGUUUGGUUCCAUUCACCAACCCAAAUCUGGACAAGACCUAGCCUGUUCCAAUUUUCUGAAAUAUACAGCUGCCAUUGCUGAGCACAUAGCACAUAAAGUCUAACCACAAAUGCAUGGACUUCUAGUCUCCUUAUGAAAAGUAAGAUGUACAUAGAGAGGCGAGCCAAUGGAAACAACUGUAGAGACCAAAGCUGUUGUGGGCCUGGAUGACUGCAGCCCAACAAAUAAAUGUGCAAGUUCUCCCCUUUAAUUUGAAAAAAGGAAAAGACAUAUCAAUUUGAAGCUGAGCAGGGCCUGUGUCAGGGAUAUUACGGAGUCAGAGUCAAAGCUAGUCAUAUAAUGGAGUUGGUGAUAGGUUGUUUUUACUAGUGGAGUACAUGAGAGCUUUCCCUUUUCUUUGAAAAACACGCAGAGAAUUAUGCUUUUUAAUUAAACAUGG